AUGCCACUAGGCGGCUCUGUCACUUAUGGCUCCGAGUCUACUGACGGAAACGGGUAUAGGAGAAUUCUUCAAGAGAUUCUCAUAUCUGAUGGCUACAAUGUGAACAUGGUCGGAUCUCGCAAAUCCGGUUCGAUGGAGAACGAUGACAAUGAAGGAUGGCGGGGAUUCAGAAUUGACCAAAUUACCAACAAAGCCAAAAUAUCAGUUCCUCGGUUUUUGCCAAACAUCUUCACCGUCAACGCUGGUUCAAAUGAUUGCGUGCAGGGCUUUGAAAUUGACACUGCUGGUAAGCGAAUGAAUGACAUGCUUGAAUACCUCUGGACGGCGUCUUCUGGCUCAACAGUCGUCCUUUCUACUCUCCUUCCAAAUUUGGAUGGAAAGAUUGAAUCACGAGUCCGACGCGUCAAUGAGCAAUUUCGGGAAAUGGCGAAAGUGAAAGCAGCCGAAGGAAGAAAAAUUAUCUUUGUGGAUAUGCAUGGUUUCGACGGGCCGAGCAUCAGUGAUCUGGUGGAUGGCACUCAUCCUAAUGAUGUGGGUUAUGCGAAGAUGGCAAUGAUUUGGCGCAGAGGUAUUCAUGAAGCUGUGCGUAAAGGGUUUCUUUAG